GUUUCUACAGUUUUCACAAGAAGAAACAUCCUAAAACAUCUGAAUUAAACCUGCCAACCGGCCUACAUUAAGCUUACCAGCACAGGGGACCAUGGACAUUGAAGCAUAUUUUGAAAGGAUUGGUUAUAAGAACUCAGCGAAUAAAUUGGACUUGGACACAUUAACUGAAGUUCUUCAGCACCAGAUGCGAACAGUUCCUUUUGAGAAUCUUAACAUGCAUAGUGGAGAAGCCAUGGAUCUGGAUUUAGAGACCGUUUUUGACAACAUAGUGAGGAAGAAGAGGGGUGGGUGGUGUCUCCAGGUUAAUCAUCUCCUGUACUGGGCUCUGACCAAAAUGGGCUUUGAAACCACGAUGUUGGGAGGAUACGUUUACAUAGAUGCAGUCAAUAAAUACAGCAGCAAAAUGAUUCACCUUCUAGUACAAGUGACCAUCGGUGACAGAAACUACGUUGUUGAUGCAGCCUUUGGAGGCUCUCUCCAGAUGUGGGAGCCUCUGGAAUUAGUGUCAGGGAAGGAUCAGCCUCAGGUGCCUGCCAUCUUCCGUUUGACAGAAGAGAACGGAACCUGGUACUUGGACCAAAUCAGAAGAGAGCAGUAUGUCCCAAACCAAGAAUUUGUUAACUCAGAUCUCCUUGAGAAGGCCAAAUAUCGAAAAAUCCAUUCUUUCACUCUCAAACCCCGCACUAUUGAGGAAUUUGAACAUUCGAAUACCUACCUUCAGACAUCAUCAUCAUCCGUAUUUGUAAACACCUCGUUUUGCUCAUUGCAGACUUCAGAAGGGGUGUGCUGUUUAAUAGGCUCCACCAUUGCUAGUAGGAAAUUCAGUUAUAAGGACAAUGUAGAUCUGGUCGAGAUUAGGAAUGUGAAGGAGGAAGAGAUAGAAGACAUACUGAGAACUGCAUUUGGCAUUUCUUUGGAAAGAAAGUUUGUGCCUAAAAAUGGUAACCUAUCUUUUACUAUUUAGGAUGAGAAGCAAAACUGUUUUUCAUUAUUAUUUCAUGCUCUUAAACAUUUGAAACAUAUGCAAAUGUAUCCAUAACAGGCCUUAAAGAAUCAUCACCCAGCUCAAUAUUGAUCAACUAAUAACUUGUUGUGCCUUCUAUUUCCUACAUUUUAUAGAAAAUAAAUCCUAGCUGUCCUGUCAUUUCACCAAGAAAAAUACCAUCAGUUAUAAUUAAAUAAAUUUUAAUGGAUAUAACCACAA